ACGCGCCUACCAACACGAUGACCGACCAUCUUAUGCUGCAAAAGAUCAUCAUGAGAGGAGGUCCUUUGAUAUCAGGGACUACAGAUGGGCAACCCAAUGUCACGACGGAGUUCGACCUUCUCGAGGCUGAACCUCUGGUCGACAACUCGCCCCUUCUCUCUGACUCAGACUUAGCCAAGAAUUUGCAGAAUGAAGUUCCUAAUUUACCAAUACGGUACUGGCAAACCUUGAACAACAAAUUUCCUGCCAUGAAUAAAACUUGCGCAAAGUUCCCUACCCUCUGGGAUAUAAGAUUCAAUAAUGUUUACUGGCAAACUUUGAGAACCUCGAACGGAACUUUCUACCUGUACGGAGCGUACUACGACAACAGAACCUUAGUGGACAUGAAACCCGUGGUAAGGAUGCUCGGUAUGAUCAACCGACUUGAGCCAAAAGUAAAGACCAUUUGUCAACUGUGGUUCGAGGGAUUGAAGGCCCCUGUUUUCGCUAAGGUGUUCGAGUACAAGUUUAUUUGGAACAGCAAGUGGGGUAAUAAGAAAAAUGGACUCCUGCAACCCUACCUGGUGUCAUGUCAAAUUCCUGUUGGGUUUCGUCAUCUUGUGCCAGAAUCGGUGUCUCUAGUUGAGCAGCCGUGUGACAUGGCUGUCACUCUUUUAAGGGUAAUUAAUAACGUAUCUGAAAACGGAAAGAAAGGUGAAUUCGCCGUUUGCGUGAAGGGCCUCGAUUUCCUGAAAGAAGAUUUGAGUGUGAAGCUAGUGGAGUGGUUCGAGACAUUGCGCCACCUUGGUGCCGAAAAGAUCUUCCUUUAUGAGCUGGAAGUUCAUCCAAACAUAACAAAAGUUCUGAACUAUUAUAGUGAACUUGGAUUGCUAGACGUGACGCCAAUUACACUCCCUGGCUACCAACCUAACAUCAAAGGUCUCAUCCACAUGUACUUAAAGAACAAACUAACCAACAAACGUCAAAACGAGCUGAUACCUUACAACGACUGCCUCUACAAAAACAUGUACAGAUACAACUAUAUAGCACUACUAGACAUUGACGAGGUUAUCAUGCCUAAAGGAAAUAACAUGCUGUGGAAAGACCUCAUGGACAACGUUUUAGCGAAGGCACUGAGAGUAAAAAAGGUAGAACGUGCGUCGUACAAUGUUCGCAAUGUCUACUUUUUCGACAGUCCUCAAUCGAGCGAUGUUGGUCACGUACACUUCAAAGACAUACCUCAGUACAUGCAUAUGUUCCAACAUGUGUACCGAGCCAAGAACUACACCAAACCAGGUGCUUACAUAAAGUGUUUCCAUAAUCCAGAACGAGUGUUAACUUUACACAACCAUUUUCCUCUUGCUUGCUUAGGUGGGGCUUGUUCGUCUUUCCCCAUAGACACCGAAGACGCUCAACUUCAGCACUAUCGCGCAGACUGCGUGGGAGAUCUCAAGAAAUCUUGUGCUGAUUACAAGAACUCCACUGUGCGUGACGACACAAUUUGGAGGCAUAAGGACCCCGUCAUAUCCAGAGUUACUUAUGUCCUCAAAAAUCUACGGUUUUUCAACCGAGCUUCCGCAGUCAGGUUCAAAAUUAACGCACCGUAGAAAAGUAAGAAGAAGAAAGUUUCUUAAUCUUCACAGCAUUCGGUCGCGUAAUUAACCUACUGAAUUGAGGAGAGAUGGUCUUCAAUAUUGAUACAAUUCUGACAAGCGGAGUCUCCGUUUUUUUCAAUUCCGAUGCUUCUCGUCAGGUUGUGAAAACGUCUUUCUAUAUUUGAAUGUGAUCCGUUUCCGGUGCCA